CGGUGCGUUUUUCUUUCUUCCUUAGACGGAGUGCUCCAUUACUUUGAAUGACACGGCCGAUAUAUGUAUAUAUAUUUUUUUCUACCGAAAAUUAAUGAAAUAUGCCAUAGAUAUCUCUCUCUCUCUAUCUAUCUCUCCAGCCUCUAUACAGUACUCCCUCCGUUCCAUAAUUCUUGUUGAAAUCUUACAUUUAUCUAGACACUUUUUAGGAAUAGAUACAUCUAUUUUUGGGCAAAUUUGAGACAAGAAUUAUGGAACGGAGGGAGUAUCUUUUUGAAUUACCUAGCGGUAUACAGGUGUGUAUCCUCUCCGCCCACGGAAUUCAAAAGUAAGCCUUAGACGUCAUUCCCAAUCCAAGCAGUACUUGCUUAACUAGCCGUAGAUCGUCAAAGGAUAAUAGCUUAAGACCAGUUCUUCAUUUGUGACCAGCGCUCUGCUGGCAUGAAGAGCACCAGCCAGCCAGUGGGCCGGAUCGGCGAAAAAGUCUCCGCCUCGAUCUGAGCCCAACAAACCCUAGCUAAAGCUAAUAAGCUAGUAACUCCAACAGCUGCUCCGGCCUAUCAGAGAAGCUAGCUCUCCUAUAUAUACACGCAGACACAGACGUGUACGCUGGGGCACCAGAUCCGUACCACACGGCAGGCCGUACGGACAACAAGCACUUUUAUAACAAGCUAACGAGGCUUAGCAACUAAACGUCACUACUUACCCAAGUUGAUCAGAGCAAGAGCAAGAGUAAGAGAGAGAGAGAUGGCCGGCGGUGGAGCGAAGGUGGCGUCGCACGGCGCGUUCCAGGGGGAGAGCCCGCUGGACUACGCGCUGCCGCUCAUCAUCCUGCAGAUCUGCCUCGUCGUCGUCGUCACCAGAGGCCUCGCGUACCUCCUCCGCCCGCUCCGACAACCCCGCGUCAUCGCAGAGAUCAUCGGAGGGAUCCUGCUGGGCCCGUCGGCGCUGGGCCGGAGCACCAAAUUCCUGAACGCCGUCUUCCCGGCGCACAGCAUGACGGUGCUGGACACGCUGGCCAACCUGGGCCUCCUCUUUUUCCUCUUCCUCGUGGGCCUCGAGCUGGACCUCAACGCCAUCCGCCGGACCGGCAAGAAGGCCCUGGCCAUCUCCCUCUCCGGCAUCGCCGUCCCCUUCGUCAUCGGCAUCGGCACCUCCUUCGCCUUCCGCGCCACCGUGCCGGGCCUCGACGAGUCCCCUAGGGGCCCCUUCCUCGUCUUCAUGGGCGUCGCGCUCUCCAUCACCGCCUUCCCCGUCCUCGCCCGCAUCCUCACCGAGCUCAAGCUCCUCACCACCGACCUCGGCCGCAUGGCCAUGUCGGCCGCCGCCGUCGACGACGUCACGGCAUGGAUCCUCCUCGCGCUCGCCAUCGCGCUCUCGGGUUCCGGAUCGCCGAUCAUCUCCCUCUGGGUGCUCCUCACCGCCGUCGGCUUCAUCGUCGCCGUGUUCGUGCUCCUCCGCCCGCUGCUGGCGUGGAUGGCGCGGCGGUGCCCUGAGGGCGAGCCCAUCAAGGAGGUCUACAUCGUCGCCACGCUCGCCAUCGUCCUCGCCGCGGGGUUCGUCACCGACGUGAUCGGCAUCCACGCGCUGUUCGGCGCCUUCAUCGUCGGCAUCGUCGUGCCCAAGGACGGGCCGUUCGCCAACGCGCUCAUCGAGAAGGUGGAGGAGCUCAUCUCGGGCCUCUUCCUCCCGCUCUACUUCGUCUCCAGCGGGCUGAAGACCAACGUGGCCACCAUCAAGGGGGCCAAGUCAUGGGGUCUCCUCGUGCUCGUCAUCCUCAACGCCUGCGUCGGCAAGAUCGGCGGCGCCGUAGCCACUUGCCUGCUGGUCAAGAUCCCGGCCAGGGAGGCGAUCACCAUCGGCUUCCUGAUGAACACCAAGGGGCUCGUGGAGCUCGUCGUGCUCAACAUCGGCAGGGACCGCAAGGUGCUCAACGACGAGGCGUUCGCCAUCAUGGUGCUCAUGGCGCUCUUCACCACCUUCAUCACCACCCCCAUCGUCAUGGCCGUGUACAAGCCGGCGCGUCCCUCGAGCUCGGUGCCGUACAAGCGCCGCACCGUCGACGGAGAAGACGACGAACACAGCGGCGGCGACCUGCGCAUGCUCGCCUGCUUCCACGGCAGCCGGAACAUCCCCACCCUCCUCAACCUCGUGGAGCUCUCGCGAGGCACCCGCGGGCGCCACCACCUGGUCAUGUACGCCAUGCACCUGGUAGAGCUCACGGAGCGCUCGUCAGCCAUCUCCAUGGUGCACCGGGCGCGCCGCAACGGCAUGCCGUUCUUCAGCGUGACAUCGUCGGAGAGGACAACGAUGGAAGUCGCCUUCGAGGCAUUUCAACAGCUAAGUCCGGUGCGAGUGCGGCCCAUGACGGCCAUCUCCGUGCUGGACACCAUCCACCGGGACGUGAUCGACAGCGCCGCCGCCAAACGCGCCGCCAUCAUCAUCGUGCCGUACCACAAGGCGCUGCAGCACGACGGCACGUUCCGCUCGCUGGGGUCGGCGUACCACGCCAUGAACCGGCGGGUGCUCCGGGAGGCGCCCUGCUCCGUGGCCAUCCUCGUCGACCGCGGCCUCGGCGGCCACUCCCAUGUCUCCGCCAAGAACGUGGCCUUCUCCGUGGCCGUGCUCUUCUUCGGCGGCGCCGAUGACCGAGAAGCGCUGGCCUACGCGAUGCGCAUGGCCGAGCACCCGGGAGUCGCCGUCACCAUGGCGAGGCUGCAGCCCAACCGCCCGCUCCUCGAUGAAGCCGAUAGUGCCGCCGCCGACGAAGCGGCGGUCGAGGCGUUCAAGGCCAGGGCGGCUGCCGUCGAUGAUGGGUCUAUGAAGUUCGAGGAGCGGGAAGGGGGUACCAAGGAGGACGUGGUGGAGGCCAUCGGCUCACUGUCCAAGUGCAACGUGUUCGUCGUCGGCCGGAUGCCGCCGACAGCGCCGCUGGUGGAGAACCCCGAGGAGCUGGGCCCCGUGGGGAGCUACCUGGUAUCGCCGGAGUUCAAGACGGCGGCGUCGGUGCUGGUCAUCAAGAGGUACGACCCGGCAACGAACCCGAAGAGCAUGAGGUUCGACCCGAAGGUCAGGCCGCAGGUGGCGACGGACGAGGACAUGAUCGACGAGGAGAUGGGCAGCGGCAGCGGAAGCGCCAUGGUGGUGCCGGCGUCCCCUUCGCCGAGCGAACUCGCCUGAGGAGCCGACCGAGGGCCAGUGUGUCUGAAACGGAACAGCCAUGUAAAGAAACGGCUCCCUUCUGUUCUGUCUGAAUAAAGCAGGUACGAUGAGUAUGUUCAUAUGUUGCACAAAUUAUUUAUACAGACUAGCUAGCUAGUUGAAGGCUUCCAUUGCGAGCA